AUGUCGAAAACUCAAUCCACUCGUGAUUUCAACAAUUGGCGAAGAGGUCCUGGUCCCCUAACUCAAGAACCUCUCCCAAGCCAAUCUGGAGUCACCAAUACCACUCCAAGGCCAUUAUUAUCACAUCCAUCACAUGUCAAUACACCAUCACAUACAAAUCCAGUCUAUAAUUCUGCUCAACAGAGUCUUAACUCUGCCUCUUGGCGGGAUCCAACUGGUUACAAACCUCGUACAGACUACAGAAGUCCGGUUAAUCGCGAAGCUCGACGUGAGGUAGCUCCAAAACAAGUAUGGUCUCAAGUAGAUGAAGAAGAUGAAAUUAAAAAAACAAAAAGAAAAGCAACAGCCUUACUCAACAAACUGACGUUGAAGAACUUUCAAUCUAUAUCAGAUCAAAUCUUAGAGAUCAUUAAUGUAUCAAAAGAUUCAAAACAAGAUGAAUUAGCUAAACUGAUCUUCAAUUUGAUCUUUAAAAAAUCAUUAGACGAACAUACUUUUGUUGAUCUUUAUGCAGAAUUAGUUAAGCGGAUCUUUGAUAGUGUUGCUAAACCCAUCCAACAUCGUAAAGCUUGGAAUGUGAUCAAAGAAGAAGAUCAAGAAUUAAUUUAUCGAAAGUAUUUACUUGAUCAAUGUCAAACUUCAUUUCAAUCCACUUGGCCUACAAACCAUGAUGAAUCCAAGAAGAAAAACUCAAGCAAAGAAGAAAACAUUGAAAAAUCAAAUGAAAUCUUACAAGAAUUUACAGAAGAAUAUUAUCAAGACCAAAAGAAAAAACGACAAAUGAUUGGAUUAAUCAAAUUGAUUGGUGAAUUAUUUAAAUUGAAUAUAGUAGCAGCUAAGAUUAUAGAUAUUUGUUGUACCAAACUUUUGGUUGAAGUUAAUGAUCCAAUCGAAUCGGAUAUCGAAUGUGUUUGUGCAUUGAUGAUGAAAGUCGGGUCAAAGUUAGAUCAAAGAGAUCCUAAACCACUUAGAUUUGAACAAUUUAUUCAAAGGUUAAAUCAAAUUUCUAUUGCUCAACCUCCUACUUCUCGAAUUAAAUUUAUGAUCAUGGAUUUACUUGAUAGUCGUGCUCGGAGAUGGGGUCGAGAAAGAAUCUAG